UUCCAAAAUAUAUUUGUCAUUAAAUAUUUGAACUGAAUAUAAUUAUUAUCCGUAUAAAUGUGACGGAAGUGUAAAUAACUAGAACAAUCUGGCUUAAAGAUGGCAGUGAUCUACUUGUACUGUAUUGGCUUUGUGGCUUGUUUCUACGGCGUUGGUUCAGUCCUAUUACCGAACGAUGACAAAAAAUUGCCAUGUGACGUGCGAGCUCAGCUAGACUCAGGCUGGGUGUGCGGCAGCAUCAGGCCAGCGGAGGAGGGCGUGCAGUAUGCCAGCUUUAGGGGCAUCCCCUAUGCGCAGCAGCCACUGGGCGCGCUGAGGUUCAAGGAACUGCAAAAUUUGAGUCCCUGGAAGGAUGUUUUGCUGGCUACUGAAGAAGGUCCCAUUUGUCCCCAGUAUGACGAACUCUAUGGUCGUCUGGUAAAUUCCGCAGAGAUGAGUGAAUCCUGUAUCCUUGCCAAUGUCCAUGUUCCUCUUAACAUCUCUUCUUUUGGGUCUAAAAGUGAGUCCCAAGACCAACCGAAGCUACCUAUCCUUGUCUUUAUCCACGGAGGCGCAUUUCAAGCAGGUUCAGGCAAUUCUGAUGUCCACGGACCCGAGUAUCUAGUCAGCAAAGGCGCUAUCGUCAUCACUUUCAAUUACAGAUUAAACGUAUUUGGUUACUUGUCACUCAACUCUACGAAGAUACCAGGAAACAAUGGUCUCCGUGAUGCAAUCACACUACUCAAGUGGGUACAGAGGAACGCACUAGCAUUCGGAGGAGACCCUGAUAACGUCACACUGGGAGGGCAUAGCUCCGGCGCCGUCAACACUCAUCUAUUGUCACUUUCUGAAGCUUCAAAGGGACUAUUUAAAAGAGUGAUUCUGAUGAGCGGCGUUGCGAAUGCAGGAUUCUAUACCGCUUCUCCGAUAUAUGCUGAGACUGUGGCUCAAAUGUUUUUGGGACUCGUAGGCAUUAACUCUACAGACGCUGAUGAAAUCCACGACCAACUCAUACAAAUGCCUCUCGAAAAAAUCAUGGAAGGUUAUAGGGUCAUGCAAUUCCAAACUGCUGUAGUCGCUUUUGCUGCUGUAGUCGAAUCAAAAUUUGAUGGCGUAACCCAGAUUUUAGAUGACGAUCCAACGAAUCUUAUAAAACAAGGAAGGGGUAAAGAUCUGCCGAUGAUUAUAGGAUCUACAUCGAAUGAGUGCGAAACCUUUAAACGAAAAAUAACCUAUCUAAAUAUGGUAAAACUCAUUGAGCAAAACCCAGCAAUAGUAUUAGCUCCACAGAUUACAUACACUGUGGCUCCCACGAGAGCAACCGAACUGUCGCAAACCGUGUUGGAUAGAUACUUCCAGGGGAAUGUAACGAUAGAAAAAUACAUCCCGUGUUGUUCAGACACGUUCUUUGUAUAUCCUGCCAUUAAAGUAGCAGAGUGGAGGGCGUCCCUGGGUGGCGCACCCGCUUACAGAUACGAGUUCAAUUUCGACAGCACAUUUAACGUUGCAAAAGCUGGUCUUAUGCUGAACUAUGAAGGGAGUGGCCAUAUUGAAGAUCUGACUUUCGCAUUCCGCUCUAACUCAUUAAUGAGACCUAACGAAAAAUCAUUUCCACCACGCACAAGAGACGAUCUCAUGAAGAACUGGAUGACAUCGAUUGUAGUCAACUUCAUGCGAUGCAGCAAGCCAGUCUGCGAUGAUGAAGCCACCUGGCCAGCUACUGACGCGCAGCAGCUGAACUACCAGCAGAUCAGCGAACCGGUGUUCACCAACAACAACGUGCCGCUGACAGAGGCACAAAGAAACAUGUUCGACUUCCACAACCAGGUGUUCCAAAGCGCAGGAAUAUAAGAAUCUACAACAACUUAAGGAUUAUCUUCUAAGAUUGAAUUACAGCCAAGAUUGUAAUUUUUCUGUACAUGAUUACAUGAGCUGCCAUGACCUGAUAUAAAAAUUGUUGUAACCACUAA